CCGCACGAGAGCCCGGAGACGCGUUCUCUCACGCGUUCUCUCGGGGGCGACGGAGGAGGCGUCACUGACGACGCGGGCCCCAGGUCGGCUAUCAGACUUGAUUAUAAUUGGACUUUACGGGCUCUCAAGGAAGUUGCCGUGUCUGCGUUUUAAAAUACCCCUCCUCGGCUUGUCCCAUUUCCUGGUUGACGCAUUUCGACGGCGCACGUUUUCUCAUGACCCGGCGACAGCCGUAGAUCAUUCUUUGUCGGCUUAGUUAUUGGACUGUCCCUUGGUGAGAACACACAGGAAGAAAGGGCAACUGAGUUCUAGACAAUGCAACCACAGGGAUCUGUGACCUUCAAGGAUAUAGCUGUAGACUUCACGCAGGAAGAGUGGGCCCUGCUGGACACGUCCCAGAGGAAGCUGUACAGAGAUGUGAUGCUGGAGAACAUUGGUCAUCUGGUGUCUGUGGGGUAUCAACUCUGCAAAUCAGAUGUGAUUUCCCAGUUGCAGCAAGGAGUGGAGCUGUGGAGGGAAGGGAGAGGAUUUCCCCCAGGCCUGAUUCCGGACAUGAUUGCGGUCAGCCUGUCAUUGAAUCCUGCUGUUCUGAAAUCUGAGGGUUCUCACUGCCUGGGUUCUGCAGGAAGAAACGUAACCUUUUCACCUCAGUCAUAAGUUGAUAAUUUGGUUUCUAACAUUUUAAUUAAAAUAAUUUUUAAGAUGUGAAAA